AUGUAUUCUCUGAAAGCAGCUAUGGAGUGGGGCGAAGAUGUUUUUGGACUUGAAUAUGACCUGGACCUCUUCAAUAUUGUUGUUGUGCCAGAUUUUAAUAUGGGGGCCAUGGAAAACAAAAGCUUGAAUAUUUUCAAUUCCAAGCUUGUACUGGCUUCUCCAGAGACUGCUUCAGAUGCAGAUUAUGCUGCAAUAUUAGGAGUUAUUGGCCAUGAUUAUUUCCAUAAUUGGACUGGCAACAAAGUGACAUGUCGCGACUGGUUCCAGCUAAGUCUGAAGGAAGGUCUCACUGUUUUUCGUGAUCAGGAAUUCUCAUCUAACAUGGGAAGUCGUACUGUAAAGCGGAUUGGUGAUGUUUCAAAACUUCGUAAUUACCAGUUUCCACAGGACGCAGGUCCCAUGGCCCAUCCAGUGCGACCACACUCUUACAUCAAGAUGGACAAUUUCUACACAGUCACGAUCUAUGAAAAGGGGGCUGAAGUUAUUCGAAUGUACAAAACCUUAUUGGGAAAUCAAGGGUUUCGAAAGGGCAUGGAUCUAUAUUUUAAGAGACAUGAUGGGCAAGCUGCUGGGACUCCAGUUGUUAAAGUAAAUACUUCUUAUAAUGCAGAAGGACAUACAUUUUCCUUGAAGAUUAGUCAAGAGAUACCACCAACUCCAGGGCAGUCAGACAUUCCUCUUUCCUCUAUUUAUCAUAACGGAGCUUUGCAACCCGUUUCAAGCAGUGGCCAAUCAGUAUCCACUACAAUCCUUAGAGUCACUAAGAAAGAAGAAGAGUGUGUAUUCACUGAUAUAUUUGAGAAGCAUGUUCCAUCUUUGUUAAGGGGAUACAGUGCUCCUAUUCGUCUUCAAUCUGAUCUUACUGAGGACGACUUGUUUUUCCUAUUAGCCAAUGAUUAUGAUGAAUUCAACCGAUGGGAGGCUGGACAAAUUUUGGCACGAAAGUUGAUGCUCAACUUGGUGGAUGAUUUCCAAAAUAAUAAGCCAUUGGUUUUAAAUUCCAAUUUUGUUGGUGGGUUCAAGCGUAUACUAACUGACUCAAGUCUGGACAAAGAAUUUGUGGCCAAGGCAAUAAAUCUGCCUGGCGAGGGAGAAAUGAUGAACUUGAUGGAAGUUGCAGACCCUGAUGCUGUUCAUAUUGUUCGGUCUUUCAUCAGAAAGCAGCUUGCUAGUGAACUAAAAUCAGAGUUCCUUAGCACUGUAGAAAAUAAUAAGAGCUCGGGAGAGUAUGUGUAUGAUCAUUCAAACAUGUCUAGACGAGCUUUGAAGAAUGUUUCUCUUACUUAUCUUGCUUCCCUUGAGGAUCAAGAAUUCACCGACCUUGCACUUCAAGAAUACAAUACUGCUACAAAUAUGACUAAACAGUUUGCAGCAUUGGCAUCCAUAGCCCAGAACCCUGUUAAAAUUCGUGAUGAUGUUCUUGCUGACUUUUAUGAGAAGUGGCAGAAUGAUUACUUGGUUGUGAACAAAUGGCUCCUUGUGAAUUUCCAUGCAAAGGAUGGAUCUGGCUAUGAGUUUAUGGGAGAUAUUGUGCUGCAACUUGACAAAAUAAAUCCUCAGGUUGCAUCAAGAAUGGUGUCAGCCUUCUCAAGAUGGAAACGUUAUGACGAGACUAGACAAAAACUUGCAAAGGCCCAGUUGGAGAAGAUCUUGUCUUCUAAUGGCCUAUCAAAGAAUGUGGUAUAG